UACAAACCUUUUUCUGUUCGCCGUUCGUCACAGCUGCUCACUGUUUACAGAGGCGGGCUCAGUUCACUGUUUUCUUGAAGCGUAGAGCGCUUAAGGUUUUUUUUUCAUUGCUUGAAAUGAGAAUGACAACCGGAAAUACGAGCGCGCACUCGAAUACCUGAACGCAUCUUAACGGUAUAACACGUAGAGCGCGUUUAAUUGCAAGUAGAAAACUCGGACAUUUAGGACUUCGUGUUGUUGUCUACGGAAGGGCUUUCUUUUGUACUUUUGCACUUGUUAAAUCCCGACGUUGAGCGAUGUCCAGCGUGUGUCUGCUGGCCCUCAGAUGAACCAUGACCACACAUUAUUGAUGCACUUUAGCACCUUUCCGGAGACUUCCACCUGCCGUGCACCCUGCAGCUGAUGACCAAAAAGCCUGCCCCUCCUCCCUGCCGUCGCCCUGAGCUACGCGUCCCUCGGCCCCUUCCUGAGCCUCACGCCCCUGCAGGACAUCCCGGGAUGUUCCAGAGGUUCACCAGUGCUCUGUUUGGGGAUGACGUGGAGGAGCUGAGCCGACGCAGCAGACCUGGAGAUGGCAAGGAGGAAGAGGAUGAGGAUGAAGACUGGAUCCUGGUCAACUAUCUAGCUGAAACUUGCUCCAGUCGCUGUGGUGACAGCCUCGCUGGAUCCACAGUCAGUCCUGAAGAUGAGGAGGAGGACCUGGUGAUGAUCCCUUCCCCUAUAGCCAGCCCUGCUAUCCGCUACGCCUCCUGCACCUCCCUCAACUCUACAGCCGACACCGACCCAGACGGUGGCGCAGAGGAGGAGGAUGAUGUGGACGGUGAGGAGGGAGGCUUUCUGCGUCUAGAUGCUUGCUCUCUGGAGGAGAGCUGGUUUGUAACCCCCCCUCCUUGCUUCACUGGCUGCGGCAGCCAGCCAGUCCUCCUGGAGACCAGCCCUCUGGAGAACCUGCUGAUCGAGCACCCCAGCAUGUCCGUCUAUGCCCACCACAGCCCCCCGCGACUGACCCUUGAUGCCCUGCCACGACGUACACUUGACCGAGAAUUGGAGUUUUUGUCAGGCAAUAUGGCCGCUGACCCAACAGGUUCAGGUGGAAAAGAGAAGGCGAGAUGCAUGCUAGAUGGACCUCGACACAGGUCUGAUGUGGCAGUUGUACAGCGUCGCUCUAGCCUCCACUCCCCCUGCUACGCUGCAGCACUCUCUUCCCAAACUGGCCUCCUGCAGCAGCGGCCAGGUAACGCCACCCAGCGCACCCAGCCACUGUCCCGCAAGGCCCUGCGGCGUCUCAACCUACUGCGCCCCCCGAAGACCGGCACCAUGCACCUGCACCAGCCCAGCCAGAGGCACCUUAACUUCUGAGGGGUCUUGGCUUCAUCAUCAUUAUCAUCACCCUCAACUACAGUACAGUACGGGGAUCUAACACUGGCCACAACAAAUACCCACCUCCGUUUUCUUUGCUUUUGAUUUUCUGAAACAAACACCAGCAACUGAUGACUCACUUGAUCUGUUCUGAAUUCUGAUUGGACGGUGAGGUCCUUUUCAUUGUAUCAGGUUAUGUGGCCAGUGAGGAGUUUCUAUCUUUUCUUUCAUCCAUUCUCAUUUAAUUUGAUGCUGAAAAGGGAUGUGAGAAGUGUCCCGUCCCUCUCUCAACAAGCUCUUCUGUUUUUCACUUCUUUGUGUCCAAUCACAGAGAGAAAGAAAUGUCACAAUGACUCCCUCUUUUUCUCUUCCUUUCUUCAUCUUCUUCUUUACAGACAAUUUAAUAAGUAGAAUCAAUGCUGUAGGUCACUUUAUUCAGUGGCAGGUUCCAGGUGUGGCAGGACAGUCCAGUGUUGCCAUUUCAGGGUCUCGCAGUAGGAUGAUUGGUUGCCUGGCAAUUUUCUGGCCACUUAUCAAGCAAACAGGAGACAUUUCAGAUCUGAAAUCACUUGAAUAUGCACAGUGCAGCAGCACAGUGUUUCCAUUUAAUCAGUAGAGUGUCGUAAUGAGCCUUUGAGUGCAGAAAAUGACCAGGAUUAGCAUGUUGUUCUCACUGCGUUGCAGGCAGGUAGCAGGAAAACCAGCCAUUUAAGCGUAAAACCCCUCAAAUACAGGCGACUGCUAAUUGCUGGAAGAGGCUCCAGUUUCCCCACAACCCUUAAUUGAACAAAGCGGUACAGAAAAUGAAUGAAUGAACCCCUCAAAUUCUCAGUUUCUGCAUUUCACACAAAAGAUAGGUUUAUUGUAAAUGUAUAAUCAAAUACAAUGUUUUUUAGCCCUUAUUUUUAAAAAAUGCAUUAGACUGAUAGACUGAUUGUUUUUUGACAUUUUUUAAAGAAAUCCAGUAGAAGGAGAAAUCAUUGUGGAAACGUCUUCAUCAAGACUUCACUGUAGCUCCGUUUAACAGACUUGAACACAAUCCAGACGUGAGGAUGCAGCAUUCAGUUGUUCCUGUGAAACUGGAGAGCGUAGUAACUGAAAACUGAGAGACAGAACAGAGAGUUUUAAUAAAAUUAGACUCAAACGCACCACUGUACUGCAGCUGCUUUGCCUCUGUCCAUUUUCUAUUCUUGUAGAUCAAGAUAUUAUUCUUUAAUUUCUUUUUCACUUGCUUUGUCUUUAUAUUCACUCAGUGUCAUGUUUUUCACUAACACAGUAUAAAUGGUUAAUUACAAAAUCAGAAAAUAAUAGUUACAGAUAAAACUAGUAAUGCAAACUGUAACACCAAUAGCUGGAUUUAAUGUGUUGGAGCCUUUUGAGGGGAUUUCUGGUUAGUUUCCUGCCUUUUUCAGAUCUACAUUCUGUUAAAGUCAAAGCUCCCUGCUGCACCAUAUGAACCUGUUUCUGACUUUAUAAUUCAGUACUUUUCAAUUUUUAAAAAAAAAUGAUGGUAAAGAUUACUGGGUUAAAUAUCACUAAACACCUUGUUUUAACGGUAGCUUUGCGAUAAAUAGAGAUGUAAAAAAAAAAAAAAAAAGUAUCUAAAAAAGAAAAAAAAAACUUCCAAAAUAUUUUUUGAAAAGAAAAAAACAAAUUACAUAUCAGUAUGAAGUUAUACACAUUUAUGGUUUUCUUGCUUAUGUAUGUGUGGAUAUGUUCGUGUGCAAUCUGUUGCAUGGUUGUAGAGUUGUGUUGGUGUCAUGAUGGUGGAAAAAAAAUUGACAUGAAAAUGAACUAUUUUUCCUUUUUUGUUUGUUCUCAAAUGAAUCUGCAGUCCACUUCUCAGGGUCACAACCAAUCACCUUUACACGUUUAGGAAAAUGCAGAUUUACUUGAUGGCUAAGAUUCUUUGCGUGUGUCAGACUUUUCCAGUUUUUUCCCUGCGAGCUUUCCCAUGUGCAAACGUUUGUGAGAAUGAAUUAAUUUUUCAAAAGCUUCUUUCAGUCCCAGGACUGUGCAAAUGAACUGUCACAUGUCUCUUGGGAAUCCAUCAAGAUGCAGAGAAACAGACUUUCAGCAGUCCUUCUUUCUCUCUUUUUUUUCGUUUGCUUUUGUACCUAAUAUGGUUUUAGAAAUAUACUUUAUGCUAUUUCAGCUGUUCUAUUUUCCAUGCUAAAUUAGUUACAUUUUGUUUAACUAAUAUUUAAACCAAAAAGUAGAAGUGAUUUUUAACCUUUUGAUUUUGUAUAAUACUAAUGUUCUUUAUUUUGUGUGUACUGUUGUGGAUUUUUUUGUCAACAGCUCGUGGGCUCAGAGCUCUGAAAUAGUGGACUCUUUGGUAUUAAAAAUGUGUCUGCUGUAGGGAAAAUGGAGCCCAGGCGGAGUCACCACACUGCAGGAGGAAUGAGAAAUAUCCAAUCACACACAGUGACAGAAAAUUACAGAAGCCCAUUACUGCCAAGAAAAGAUAAAUUAAGUUUUUUUCUUUAAAGACUUUGACUUGUUUAAAUUAACGUUAGUCAAACUAAGUAAAAACUUUGAUUCAGAAAGUUCCUGUUUCAGUUAUGUCACACUUGUAGUUUUUCUUUUUUUUUUUUUUUUUUUUUUUUUACCUUUUUUCCCAGUAUAACUUAGUUUAGUUUUAAAGUACUUUUUUAUGGUUCUUAAAUUAUCUUGAAUAAGUUGGGGGCUCUAUAGCUAAACAUUUCAUUGAUUUCCUCAAGAAAACUUUGUUCAGCAACUAUGAAAAAGACAAAGUGAGUAAGUUUAAAAUCAAAGUUUAGGGAAUAGAUCUCGUUUAAAGGUGGUCAGUCCAAUUUAAAUGAAUUAAUUGAAAAGAAAUAGGGCUCAGAAAAUAUUCUGUCACUCUGGGUGAAAACUUUUUGCAGUGUGCUCCAUAGUCUGGUUGUGUUGAUGGGAUUGUAGCAUUGAGAAAGCACUAACAUGUUUGUUAGGCAUCUGUAUGAUUUAUUGUAAAUAGUAUGAUAGUGGAGUGGGUCUCUUAUGUAUUUAAGCUUACUUUUAGUUCUUGAAUGUCUCACUCUCUCUGCUAUCAACCUUUGCAAUCAUGAUGAUUUUUUUUUGUUGUUGUUACUGCAAUGUUUUUUAAAAAGACAAACUUUAAGACAGAAGGGAUUAGAGGAUAUGUUAAGGCUCUUCCUGCUGUCAGGAGCCGUAAAUAUUUUAUCUGUGUUUUUGUUUCUGUUCUCAGCUCAUCGCUCUUUAAAACUAACAGGGAUUUCUAAUGUUUUUGUUAAAUGCCUUGAAAUCUGUGGAUCACGUGCCUUCCAGGUUGAAAUAUUGUAAUGACAAUGCAUCAAUGAAGAACUUGAACUCUUUUGAUUUUUUUUUCUAAUGCUCCGAUUGGACUUAAUGGAUAAAAAACAAGUAAACAGACAUCAGAAACCAACUAUGCAUCACUUGGAGAAAGUAUAUAUAUGCUUGUGCCGCCACCAUCCGCCCAGCCUGAGUACAGCUUUUCUAAAGGCUCAACAAACCAGACAGAAUGAUGUAGCAAAACAUUUUUUUCCUUUUUUUAUUAUUAUUUUUUAAAGUGUGAAGAAUAUCUUGUGGCAUUUUUAUUUUUCACCAAUGUAGAUGUGUUUGUUCAUUGAGUAGUUUACUGGAAUAAUACAGCACUUUGCCAAAAAGAAAAAAAAGGUGUAGGAAUUUUAGAGUUAACGUUUUAUUUAUCAACAUAACUGGUUUCUUUAUUUGUAUUUUGGAUAUUUGACAAAUUGAUUCACUCUUUUCUGAUGUCAGAAACAAACAAACAAA